AUGGAGAGAUAUCCACCAACCAUCCCGGAUGACUUGGAACUCCUAGUGAAGCCAUCCGUGGACGCCGACAAGCAGGGACGCGGGUACCAGAGACACGCAACCACCAAGCUCGCCAUCACAACAUGGAUGUAUGCACUCAAUCGCCAUCUUGAAAAGAUCACCGUCGUCGCAAUCAACCCCGGUGGUCUCAUCGACUCUCGUGCACUCCGCACCAAUACCCCCAUGAGCAUGGCUGUGAUGCAAACGCUCGUAUUGAAGCCUCUGCUCCCUCUACUUAGGUUUCUCAUGGGUCCAACUAUACGUCCCGCGGCACCAGCGGGUGUAGAUGUAGUCGAUAUCGCUCUCGACCCCAAAUUUGCUGCCGAGAGAGGUUUCUUUACCCUCCUGCAGAAGGACGAGAGUUCGCCAGAGAGUCGAGACGAGCAGACGCAGUCGAGGCUAUGGACCCAAACACUGACAUGGGCGAAGAUUAACAAAGACAACACACUCAUUCCACUUGGAGAUACAUAA